GACCACCAGAUAUAUACAACGGCCGACGAGUCUAGUGAAGUUCUAGCUCCUCCACCAAGACUCUUGGUUCUUCCUAGACCCACGACAUUAGAUUAUAAAAAUCGCGCGAAAUUAAAAGCAUCUGGCUCGUGCGCGUGUGUAUGUGUCUGUGUCUGUUGUGUGUAUGUAGGCAUUCGAAAAUCUUAUCAUAAUAAUGUCAAGUGAUACGUAUCGAAUUUGAUCUGCCAGUAACGUAGUUAGUCGUUGCUCUACUAACGUUGUCGAAAAUAUUCGAUUGGCGACGACAGUGAACUCGCCCACUAAUUUCGAUUAUCUGACAAAUUCGUCUGUGGACGAACAGAUUUAAAAUGAAUUGUUUAGGGACACUUGUUGCUGUACUGAGGAAAGAUAAACAGCUUGAACUUCAUCCAUCUUGGCUUACCAGCCGCAGCCGGCAUUGCUUCGACCCUUCUGAAACGUAAUCUAUCCCGUUCCCGUAUGGAAUAUGUGUGGAACGUUACAAACAUAUGUGACUACGUUAAUCGGAUGUAAACGUGUAGGCGUGUUGACACGCAAGCAAAGUUAACAUGUGUCGCUAUAUGUAUAUAUUUUAAACUGCUAUGUUACUCUUACAUUACCGAUUUAUUUUAAAUUCGUUCACAACAUUUAUUCCCAGAGAUUUGAUCCAGUUAGAUAUAACGUACCAAUCGAGUCCAUAAAGCAUGAUAAUUAAUCUCUGCUUUUCAUUAUUUUAAACGACCACUUAACAGCUUUCCGUGCAUUAUUCCUUAGACCGUAUAUGUAGAUAUUAAGUGAUUCUAACUGAAAUACAAUCCUUAAGUUAUUCGUAUAGAAUCGAAUAUCGGUUUGCGCAUCCAUCGUAACGCGUUCACUGAAAAGUAAUUCGAAUGCAUUAUAAAAGCGAGCUCGCAAACGAAUCGACAAUUAACUAUUGAAGACAAAUUGGUUGUCAGGACAACAUACCUUCUCCGAUCCGUCGAAGUAGCUUGUUAUGAGGCGAAUAGGAUCUAUAAUAUGCGAGAUAUCAUACUAGUUAUUUCGUUCGCAUGGAUCUUCGCGAUACAACGAUGUCUGUGCAGCAAAUUGGAACGGGUUGCUCAGCGACCCGACAAUGUUCUCAGCGACUAUUACGCCUAUCGUCACAUCUCCAUUAUCCACUUCAAUGUUCCGGAUUGCACGGUGGCUGCAGGAUUCAAGUUCAUUGCAAAAGAACAAAAGUCUGGUGGAAUAGGUAGAUGCUCAGCUAGAAAUGUUUCCGUGUUUCUGAAGUCUGGUAGCUUACCGUUCGUGCAGCCGGAUGGAUCGAAGAUCGCGGCGAAACUUAUGAAAGGAAGACGCCGAUAUUAUUCGCUAAACAUGCAAAGCAACGGGGAUGAAUAUAUGAUAAAAAUCGAUGCACCCGCGCCAGGCGAUUGGUAUGCUAUUGCGUUUCGAUCUUGGAGCGACCCUGAUAACGGAAAAAUCAUGCAACAAGGACUUGGAGCAUUGUGCUAUACAGUGUUGGACGCGGAAUUGCUUUUAGAAUCUGCCUCUGUAGUCUUUCCAAUGGAUCCGAAAUACGAGUACGAAGUGCAUAUGAACGGAAGCUCGGACUCGGCUGUGAUGCAGUUGUUAAUACCCGAUGAAUUCGUGGAUUCUAGUUUGUCAUUAAAGUCGACUUGCGGCGAAGAAUGCAGGAUCGCGGUCCACGUGACUGCGGAGGAUCACAUCACGGGAAUGAUAAUGAAUACUACAAACGCCACGGUAUUCUUCAAACCCUAUUCGGACGCGUUUCACUAUGUUACCCUCCAGUUGCUCUCCGGAGAGAGCUCUAACGUGUCCUUACAGUUGCUCGACAAUUCUCCCGCUUACGAUUUGGAUCAAGUGAAGUCGGUGGAUUUGACGAGGAAGUCCUUUCCUGACUUUUUCUUCUUCGAUUACGAGCACUUGCGGGGAAACGGCACAAAACCAUCGGCGUUUAAUUUAACCUCAGACACGUUGUCCGUCCUCAGCUUCGAAAUCGGUCGAGUGUACGACGUCGGUGGAACUCUGACUCUAAGUUUGAAACUAGUUGGCGCGAAAGACAAGGAGAAGAAGAACGUCGUCGUGGUCGCGUGCAUUUCAUUAGGUUAUUACUCGAAUAUCACUGCCGGCGGAGGCUGCACUCGAAUGGAGAACACGACAGCUGCAGACAUUUACGUAAACUAUACAGGACCAGCCAACCUUUACGUUCCAUUCCCGGAGCCAGGAAUCUGGCAUAUAAGUCUGAGAGCAUUUUGCGUAGAAGAAAAUUGCCAUUGUAUAGCAACUUGUCUGAACGGGACCGCCUGCGAGGACUGUGACUGCAUGAUCCCUUGUAACACCACAUUAGAGAGUCGUAUCUCUUCGUUAUCUUGCAUCGAAGAUAGCUGCAACUCUCACGGGAAAUGCAUGAAUUACAUGAGCGGCGGUUUCGUGUUCGCCGCGUGUUAUUGUUUCGGCGGUUACAGAGGCUUCGAUUGUGUGGAUGACACUUAUGUUCUCGACAAUAACGACGUAAUAAUCCACGUACUAUUGCUAACGUUCAGCAACCUUCCAUUUAUUGGUUCCGUUUACGUGGCCGUGCGUAGAGAGUAUUUUGCGGAGGCGAUGGUUUACGCCGCUGUGAUGUUUUUCUCGACGUUCUAUCAUGCCUGCGAAUCUGGAGACGAUGUGUACGGCGUAUGCAUCAUGAGACUGGACGUUUUACAGUUCUGUGACUUCUUCAACGCCCUUCUGUCCAUUUGGGUGACGUUGAUAGCAAUGGCUUCGUUUGGUCCAAAGUUCACUGCUUUUUGUCAAAUAACCGGUGCUGUUAUUCUCGCCAUGAGUGCCCAAAUGGAUCGUACAGCUCUAUGGGUGUUUCUCCUGCCAGCUAUAACGGGCUCUGCACUGAUCGGUUUGUCCUGGGGCAUGAGAUGCAAAAGAAGGGGUACGGUUUGUUAUCCAUCGCGUCCCUACAGAAGCAUUUAUUUUCCGGCUGGUCUCCUUGUAGUCUCCCUCGGUCUUAUUUGUUACGCCUUUCUGCAGACAAGAAAGAAUUACUAUAUUGUGCACAGUAUGUGGCACGCGUCUGUCGCUAUAGGACUCAUACUCCUUCUACCGAAGCGACAGUAUAUGAAAUGAUCGUUAUAUAAAAAUGUUCUCUUAUAUUUACCAAGUGAAAGUUAUUGAAAAGUGUUAUUGUCUAGAAAAGAAAAUCUCGUUGCCAAUUUAAUGAAAGAAUCAGGUACAAAAAGAUAUUUCUAGCAAUCGAAAGUGCUCGUAGACGACGGUACAUCGAGCAUAUUAUUGUAAUUCCCAAAAACCUUAUUCUUAUAAAAAUCAGAUAAUGUUCAUAAGAUAGGUUCAGCUACUGAAUGUACGUUGUGAAACAGUACGAAAUUCACGACAAUGUUAAUUGCUUCAAUGUUGUCUAUCGUUAUAUUUGCAUAAUUAAGAAGCUCCAAACAUGUUUUUAUAUCACGAUUAAGAUACGUUCCAGAAUAGGAUUAUUCAAACGA